CUAGAUAUCCUUUAUUGAAGCAGUGCACUACUGGGAGCUAGCUGAGCAUAUAAGACACGGCCAGAGCACUGAGAGAUAUCAGGUAUUGAUGUAACUGGAGUGAAUAAGGGAACCUUCUUCCUGAGCACAGACAUUGGAGCCUGUUAUCAGCAUGAACUCAUAUGUGUUAGACAAACACGUGAAUAGUUCAUAUCCAUCCUUCACUAAAGAAAGCAUCAGAAUGAUACAGCAAACUCCAAAAAUCUUAGCCACCAAUACCGCAGAUAUUAACAGACAAUGGUGAAUUGGCAGGAACUUGGCAGCAAUCAUUAUGUACAGAGAGUAAUUUAGUCAUCAAACAAGAGGACAACAUUUAUGCCUUAUCUAGUGAAAUUAUUAUCCCAGAGGAUAAACCACAAACAUUUACUGAGUUUUCAAAACAUAUUAAAGAAGGGAAAAGUCUUAAGUCUAACCAAAUGAUUCAUACAAAGGAGAAACCUUUCAAAUCUACAGAAUGUGAGAAAAGCUUUAGAUGGAAGUCUCGUCUACUAGAACCCCACAAAAUACACACAGGAGAGAAACCACUCACAUGUACCGAGUGCAGCAAAUGUUUUACACGAAAGAGUGAGCUGAAAACUCAUGAAAGGAUUCAUACAGGGGAAAAGCCUUUCAAAUGUACAGAGUGUGGAAAAAGUUUUACUUUACAGAGUCAUCUGAAAAAGCAUGAAAGGAUUCACACAGGAGAAAAGCCUUUCACAUGUACAGAGUGUGGAAAAAGUUUUACACAAAAGAGUGAGCUGCAAACUCAUGAAAUGAUUCACACAGGGGAAAAGCCUUUCACAUGUACAGAGUGUGGAAAAAGUUUUACACAAAAGAGUGAGCUGCAAACUCAUGAAAUGAUUCACACAGGGGAAAAGCCUUUCACAUGUACAGAGUGUGGAAAAAGUUUUACACAAAAGAGUGAGCUGCAAACUCAUGAAAGAAUUCACACAGGGGAAAAGCCUUUCAAAUGUACAGAGUGUGGAAAAAGUUUUACUUUACAGAGUCAUCUGAAAAAGCAUGAAAGGAUUCACACAGGAGAAAAGCCUUUCACAUGUACAGAGUGUGGAAAAAGUUUUACACAAAAGAGUGAGCUGAAAACUCAUGAAAGAAUUCACACAGGGGAAAAGCCUUUCACAUGUACAGAGUGUGGAAAAAGUUUUACACAAAAGAGUGAGCUGCAAACUCAUGAAAUGAUUCACACAGGGGAAAAGCCUUUCACAUGUACAGAGUGUGGAAAAAGUUUUACACAAAAGAGUGAGCUGCAAACUCAUGAAAGAAUUCACACAGGGGAAAAGCCUUUCACAUGUACAGAGUGUGGAAAACGUUUUACACGAAAGAGUGAGCUGAAAACUCAUGAAAGAAUUCACACAGGGGAAAAGCCUUUCACAUGUACAGAGUGUGGAAAAAGUUUUACACAAAAGAGUGAGCUGAAAACUCAUGAAAGGAUUCACACAGGGGAAAAGCCUUUCACAUGUACAGAGUGUGGAAAAAGUUUUACACAAAAGAGUGAGCUUCAAACUCAUGAAAGGAUUCACACAGGGGAAAAGCCUUUCACAUGUACAGAGUGUGGAAAAUGUUUUACACGAAUAAGUAGUCUGAAAACUCAUGAAAGGAUUCACACAGGGGAAAAGCCUUUCACAUGUACAGAGUGUGGAAAAUGUUUUACAAAAAUAAGUAGUCUGAAAACUCAUGAAAGGAUUCACACAGGAGAAAAGCCAUUCACAUGUACAGAGUGUGGGAAAUGUUUUACACAAAUGGAUCAUCUGAAAAAGCAUGAAUGGAUUCACACAGGAGUAAAGCCAUUCACAUGUACAGAGUGUGAAAAAUGUUUUACAAAUAUAAGUAGUCUGAAAACUCAUGAAAGGAUUCACACAGGAGAAAAGCCGUUCACAUGUACAGAGUGUGGGAAAUGUUUUACAGUAAAGAGUCAUCUGAAAACUCAUGAAAGGAUUCACACAGGAGAAAAGCCGUUCACAUGUACAGAGUGUGGAAAAAGUUUUACACAACAGAGUGAGCUGAAAACUCAUGAAAGGAGUCACACAGGAGAACAUCCUUUCACAUGCACAGAGUGUGGGAAAUGUUUUACAGUAAAGAGUAGUCUGAAUACUCAUGAAAGGAUUCACACAGGAGCAAAGCCGUUCACAUGUAGAGAGUGUGGGAAAUGUUUUGCAGUAAAGGGUCAUCUGAAAAGGCAUGAAAGGAUUCACACAGGGGUAAAACUUUUCACAUGAACAGAGUGUGGAAAAUGUUUUACACAAAUGAGUAAUAUGAGAAAACAUGAAAGGAUUUACAAGGAAAGAAACCUUUCACAUGUUUAGAAAUUGGAAAAAAGGUUUUUAUUGAAAUCGGGUAUCACAAAACACCAAAU